AUGCCCACGAUCCUGGAACAGUACAUCGCCAACCACGCCGGCUCCGCCGAACGUUAUCGUGACGCCGUGGGCAUAUUCCCUGGGGGAGUCACCCACGACAACCGUUACGCCGAGCCGUUCCCGCUGUACAUAACCCACGGGCAGGGACCGCGGAAGUGGGACGUGGACGGGAACGAGUACAUCGACUAUGUAUCCGGCCACGGCGCGCUGUUGCUGGGGCACUCCCAUCCUGCCAUUGCGGAGGCAGUGACCGAACAGAUCCUGCGGGGCACUCACCUGGGAGCCUGCACCGAUGAGGAACUGCGCUGGGCACGGGCGAUCAUGACCCUGAUGCCGGCAGUGGAAAGGAUCCGCUUCCACAGCAGCGGCACGGAAGCGACAUUGAUGGCGAUGCGCCUGGCCCGCGCCUUUACUGGACGCAACAAGGUCAUCAAGCUACAGGACCACUUCCACGGUUGGCACGACUACGCGAUGGCAGGUUCGGACCGCCCGGCGCCGGGGAUCCCCGCCGAGUCAUGGAGCAGCAUGGUUAUCGUUCCGUCCGGAAACCUGGACGCGGUGCAGCAGGCCAUGGAACGCGACAGCGACAUCGCGGCCAUCAUCCUGGAACCCACCGGCGCUCACUACGGGCAGCUUCCCUUCGACGCGCCGCAAUACCUGACGGGCCUGCGCCAACUGUGCGACCAGCAUGGCGUGGUGCUGAUUUUCGAUGAGGUUGUCACCGGAUUCCGCGCCUCCCCCGGCGGAGCGCAGGUGCGCUAUGGCGUCACGCCCGAUCUGACGACCAUGGCGAAGAUCGUGGCUGGCGCCCUGCCCGGCGGGGCAGUAGGCGGCAAGGCUGACAUCGUGGAUAUGAUCGCCCAGCGCGGCGAUCCCGAAUGGGACAACACCGAGCGGGUCUACCACCCGGGGACCUUCAACGGCAAUCCGCUGUCGGCGGUGGCGGGAGCGACCUGCCUGGAACUGAUCGCCUCCGAGCCUUUGAACGAGCGCGCCGACGCGAUGGCCGCGCGGCUCAAGGCCGGUCUGAACGAGAUGUUCACGCGAAUGGAGGUGGGCGGGCACGCCUACGGCAUCGCGUCGAUGAUCCACUUCACCCUGGCCGACGGCGACUUCGACCACGAAUUCGGGCCGGAAGUCGACCGGCAAAUCAAGAGCGCCGCGGCCACGCCGGCGGUAACCGGCAUCAAGCGCGGCCUGCAGAACCACGGCAUCGACAUCAUGGGACGGGACGCGUUCCUGGUAUCGGCGACGCACUCCGAGGCAGACAUCGACGCUACCCUGGGCGCCUUUGCGGCGACGCUGGCGGACGCACGCGACGAAGGGCUGGUUUAG